AUGCAAUGGUCCCAGUGGUUCUUGCAAUUUGUCUCCGUCUUGCAGAAGGCGAAGGACAUCAUUUUGGAUGCUGUAGAUGCGACGAGCACGGCCGUGGGCUAUGUCACAAAGCGUCAUGCUGUGAAGAUGAGAAUGCGCGUGGUCCAGGCUGCUCGAUCCCAGCUCGAAAACCAGCUGAAGCAGGCAAAGGAUGAGACAAAGACAACCAAAGAUCUGGAAGUGGUGAUCGAAGGGGUUGAGUCCCGGCUCAACAUGGUGAUCGCAGGUGACCAAGUGGAUGACGAGAUGGGUAACACUCCAGAUGAUUUGGCACCAGCUGAGAUUGAUGCCAAAAUCGAGCAAGUAGGCAGUGAGAUGCAGAAGCUGUGCCAAGAAAUCCACCAAGUCCACAAAGCCGAAGAGGCUCGUGAGAUCCAUCAGCUCGUAGAGGCUAACGUUGCUGACGGUGACCGCUGGGUGGCGAUUUUGAACAGCGCCCGCCAAGGCAAUCAACCACCUGCGACGGAUGAUGCAUGGAUGCAAGUGGUGAGCAAGUGGUCACAAAACCACGAAUCAAGAAUGGCUCGUGUGCAAAGCCAAGUGACACAGGCGAAUGACAUGGCCAAGUCUGCUGCAGCUCGUGUUGAGGAGGCGCAGCUGGCCUACAAGAGGAAGCAAGAAGCGAAGAAUGAGGUUGCUGCCAAGUUGAGGAAUCACGAAGAAGCGAUUCGUGCUCAAAAAGGGACCACCGGCGAGACAGUUGCUCGCAGUCGAGAGGCAGCAAAGUUGGCCAAAGCAAUGGUGGCAAACGGCAACAUCGACAUUGAGCAGCUGAAGAGCUUGGUGGUUGGGGGCAACGCUGUUUGGGUCUUCAUGGAGGACAGCAAUCGAGUGAGUGAGUAUCCAGAAGAGCGGCGCAAGUUGGGCAUCAAGGAUGGAAUUCUGUAUGCUCAGCACGUGUGGGUGGAGGCAGAAGCUCGACACUUGCUGCUGCAAAACCGAGCACCCCAACAGUUUGGCAGCUUCCGGGCAGAUGUCGGCGCCAAACUCUUCCAUGCGCACACGGGGAGUCUCUACGAUUUCUUUGUGGCAGAGCAAUACCAGAAGAAUUGCCAGACCAACUACCAGCGCGGCAUGGUGCGUGUCGAACUCGGUCAAGGAGACACAGGCCGCCUGGAAUGUGAACUUCAACAGCAACUCGAUGAGGCUGCCGGUCAGUUGGCAGAAGCAGCCAAGAACCUGGCUGAGGAGGUGCAGAAAAAGGCACGUCUAGCCUUGUCCGUGGAGGUGUUGAAGGCCACGGCAGUUGGACUGGGGAACGGUCUCCAGAAGGUCGUGGAGGAUUUGGCCAUUGACUACCCAAAGGGUGGGAGGAUUGGAGAGGCUGCUGUGCCAGUCUUUUGGGAGCCUCCCCUUUUUAAAUUCAAUCAAUACGUGUGCUUUUUUGAGUUCUUUUUGUUUUCUUUAAAAGUAGUGAAGAACGGCUCAUAG